AUGCCCAUCUCAAUAGGUCUAGAAGGCUCGGCCAACAAGCUUGGUGUCGGUGUCAUCCUCCACCCCUCUGCCCAGGCCGAUAUCCAAAUCCUCUCCAACCUGCGUCAUACCUAUGUCUCGCCUCCAGGCUCAGGUUUCCUGCCCAAGGAUACUGCCGCUCACCAUCGCCGCUGGGUCGUACGUCUGGUCAAGCAAGCCAUGAAGCAGGCGAGAGUUUCCGUCAACGACAUCGACUGCAUCUGUUUUACGAAGGGUCCCGGCAUGGGUGCUCCUCUCGGUGCCGUUGCAGUCGCUGCCCGUAUGCUCUCGCUCCUCUGGAACAAGCCUCUGGUUGGUGUCAACCACUGUGUUGGUCAUAUCGAAAUGGGUCGUGCCAUUACCGGUGCUCAGAACCCCGUCGUCCUUUACGUCUCCGGUGGAAACACUCAGAUCAUCGCAUACAGUGCUCAACGCUACCGUAUCUUCGGUGAGGCCCUCGAUAUUGCUGUCGGAAAUUGUCUGGACAGAUUCGCAAGAGUCUUGGCUAUCAGCAACGAUCCUGCCCCUGGUUACAACAUCGAGCAGAUGGCAAAGAAGGGCAAGGUUCUGGUAGAGCUCCCUUACGCCGUCAAGGGUAUGGAUGUCAGUUUCUCUGGUAUUUUGGCCCGCAUCGAAGAGUUGGCAAAGAAGCUGGAAGCUGGUCAGAACGGCAAGACCGAUGUGUGGAAGGAUGAAGAGACGGGAGAAGAGAUUACUCGCGAAGAUUUAUGCUUCAGCUUGCAAGAGACUGUCUUUGCUAUGCUGGUAGAGAUUACCGAACGCGCCAUGGCCCACGUUGGCGCAAGUCAAGUCUUGAUUGUUGGUGGUGUUGGUUGCAACGUGAGAUUGCAAGACAUGAUGGGCAUGAUGGCAAGCGAGCGCGGCGGAAGCGUCUUUGCAACCGAUGAACGCUUCUGUAUCGACAACGGCAUCAUGAUCGCUCACGCUGGUCUACUCGCCUACCGCAUGGGCCAGACGACCGAUAUCAAGGACAGCAGCUGCACACAGAGGUUUAGAACCGACGAACCAUUGAUCAACUGGAGAGACUAA